CUACCCUCGCAGCACGCUCCUAUAAUGGGUCCUAAUAACGGCAAAUACGCCACCCUAAGUAAACAGUGCAAAACACUCGAAUCGAAUGAUUUCUACUGAGAAUCGCCUGCCUGCAAUAUGUCUGCAGGCAGCAAUAAGCUAGAUAAGAAACUGACAGCAUCCUCCGCAACACUAUCCGACAAAGAUCCACGCGAUAUUUCCAACAAUGGCUUCAAUCGCUUCGACCCGAAAUAUGUUAGUAUAGGACCAAAAGCAAUCCGCAGUACGGUCAACAACGUAACAGCAAAUGUAAACAAGUGUGCGACUCUGCGGCACGGUGGGCGUUAUGGUGGUUCGCUAAGCGUGAGUGCUGGUAUUGGAGGCAGUGGUGGCCAUCAGGCAGUGGCUGGUUUGGGUGGUGCUCGGUCGGGCACAAGCCCGAGUCCGAAUCUCAAAAACGUUCAGCAACCAAUGUUGAGCCAAAGCCAAACACAGCAAUAUAAGCAGCAUCAUCAGGAUCGACAGCUUUCGUCCUCGGGAACUACUGCACCGGGAAUGACCGUUGGGGGUGGAUCAGACCGAACCGAGCAAAAGCUCGCUAUUUCAACUGUGUCGAAAGAAUACAGUCAACAGUCUUACUCGUGCGCCACACUGCCAUACAAGAAGCCCGGUAGUGGAUACACCGAAACAUCGAUUGCACCGGCAACAGUAACCACAUCGAUACUGAAGAAGGAAAGCAAUCUGGAUAAUCAACACAACCAGCGUUAUGCUCCAACGGUAUACAGCAUCGAUACCUCCGCCUAUCACCACCAGAGGGAAAGCAGUGGGGGUGGUUUUCAUCAUCACUCACAACCGUCACAUCACCAACAAUCGUUGACACAGACGCAACAGCCGCCGCAGUAUCAACAGCAGCAAACACACCACAGAUCGCUGUCGAGCACAAAUCAGUUGUAUCAGGAGACCGGCGCUGGUUCGGUAUUUGCCAGCCCACCACCCUCAAUUGCGUCGACUGCGACGACUCGUUCAAAUGUGUCGAUCAUUAACCAACCGCUACCAGACAUACCAACCAAUGCUGGCGGUGGCAGCAGCAAUAACACGGCAGGCAGUUCGAUCAAAAACAGCCAACAGCCACUAUGUGCUGCCACGCUUAACCAGUACCGGUCACUGCAAAGACCACACAAGCAACAAACCGGUAGCAGCGGUCUUUCCGCCCUAACGACACCGACGGGACUGGGAAAACCCACCAUUCCGCCCAAGGUGACCCCACCGAUGUUGCCCCCGAAGAACCGACACAAAGACGAUUCGCAGUACCAGAGUAAAUCGGCAGCAAUGGCGUCCGGUUCGGGCGGAUCCGUCGUUACCCCUCCACUGCCAUCUUCACGGCCACAACAACCGUUACCUCAACCACCACCACCACCGCCAAUUCAGUCGCUUCACCAUCACCAUAACCAGAUAGGAGGACAGCAGGGUAAAUCUUCUUACGGUGGCAGCAGUGGCAUGAGUAUAUCGAGCAAUUUUAAUGCCAUCCAGCAACAGUUACAGAAUCAGCUUCAUUUCAAGCAGUACCAUCAACUUACGCAGCAACCGUGGCAACGGGAGCAGCUACCCCAGCAAUCUGGAUCGAACGUGAAUGUUCCGAACAGUAGCACUUUUGCAAAUUAUGAUCGUCAGCAGGCUGGUCUCAGCUCGAACGGUCGUAACCGUUCGUAUUCCGGGGGUAGUAGUAGCAUCGACCAACCACCACACCCCAAACCGAGCAAUAUUGAAAAGGCCAAGAGCCAUCACCAUUCGACAUCCACAGCUGCUCCGGCGCCCGGUGGAGGAGGAUCAAUGGUGGCAAAUUAUCAGACUCUUCCGAAAAAUCACCAUCAUCACCAUUAUCCGCAACAGCAGCAACAACAGCAACAACAGCAGCAGCAACAACAACAACAGUACCUACAACAUGGUCAAUCGAGUUCAUUCGGUUCCACGAGCAGUACUGGUCCAAAUCAGUCGCAACCGAAGAGCAUCCUCAGUAAAACACGUCCUAACGAAACGAGAGAACGGGAGCAGCGUGAGCGUGAAAGAGAACAACGGGAAAGGGAUCGGGAACGGGACCGUGAGCACCAUCGCGAACGAGAUCGCGAUGGAGAACGUGAUCGAGAUCGGGAUCGGGGUCGAGAUAGGGAUCGAGAACGAGAUCGAGAUCGAGAUCGAGACCGUGACCGGGAUCGGGAUCGAGAUCGCGACCGUGAUCGGGAUCGAGAUCGCGACCGUGACCGUGAUCGAGAUCGCGACCGAGAUCGGGAGCGGAAUCGAGACCGCGAACAUCGUGAACGAGACCGCGAACGCGAUAGGGACAGAGAACAUCGAGAUCGAGAUCGUGAACGGGAAAAGGAACAAAACCGAGACCAUGACCGCGCCGAACGAAGUCACCAUCAUCGAUCUAGUCAUGAGUAUCAUCACGAUUCUAGCCACGGCACGCAAACCAACAGCAAAAAUCCGAACGUGUAUUAUCGUUCGCUGCAGCGUGGUGGUUUGCAAGCAAAUAAUGAUCUCUACUCUGUAACAGAAUUGUGAGAAAGGUUUGAUUUUUAAGUUUGUUCUUAUGCAGCUUAAGUUCGACUAAAUCAACCCAUACCACAACUGCUACUAUGAAUACUAUUACUACACGAUCCGGAGUGAUUGAAUUGUAGCGAUAUGUAUCGCGUCCGCACGUAUAAUAGAGAGCAGGUUUCUCAUAGCGUGUCGGAGAAGUCGCGUUUGCCAGUGAUUUUUUGUUCAUCUAGCUCGUGUAUCUUUCACUCCGUGUUCUCUUAAAUUAAAACCGAAUUUCUUAUCAGAUAUAGAACACAAGAAAUGCUCAUACGUAACGAAUCGUAAAUCGGAUGGCACAAUUUCUUUCUCUGCAAUUUUGGGAAAUGCCUACCAGCAAUAGUAUAGGAAGUUAAGGAAACGUAAGCGUCAAGAGAUCCAUGCGAAUUUUAAUACAUUCUGGCUAGGGACAAACAAUCGACAGAGUUAAAUGUGUUGUCUAUGUCCAGACAUUCUAUUGUCUAGGUAAAUGGAUUGUGGCCAAAACGAGCGCAUCGUAGAUUCACGAAUGAACAAAAAAAAACGACUUGUUAUGAUGAUGUCACCAAACAAGGUACGGAAGCAUUAAAAUCUAUCGAACCAAAAUUCAAUUUUUACACAAGCUAUUGUUAAUGCAAAAAGUCAUGAUUCUGUACAUAGAAAACAAAGAGGAAGACAAGCGGAUAAAGACUCAAACCAGCGGGGUGGAAAAUUUUACUGUUAAUGUUAUUCAAUACUGUCCUUUCAGACUAACGUAGUGCAACCACAAGCUAAACGUCGUAAAUAAGGAAGAUCUCUUUACUCUACAAACAAUAGACACUUCAACCUAAACUCGCCAAAAAAUAAGCAAACAACCAUGAAAUGAUUCAUUGCAAGUUGCACAAAAAGCGGUUCCAAAAUUAGGAACUUAAAAAAAUAGUUUUGCACGGUUAUGAAACAUUUAAACAAAAUCUCAAUCGAGACAUUCCUCCAACGGGACAUGAAUAAUCACGUAAAGACACGGGAAGUGUAUAAUUGUUAGGAACGAAGUUAGGCAAAGUGUUAGCUGAACCACAAGUGAGUUGUCCUCUUUGCAGUAAAAAUCAAGACUUUGUCUUGAGAGAGAGAGAGAGAGAGAGAAGGUGAGAUGAGACUAAUGAAUGAAACAUUUGAAGUAACAGCGGAUCAUUCAAACGCAAAGAAAGUAAAAAAAAAGAGAAGCUGCAAAUAAGAACAAAUAUGGCGAAAUAUGAGAGAUAUGUAGACAUGAAAUUCAAAAG